AUGGUAGAGCCACCAAGAAACUUUAGAUUGUUAGAUGAACUUGAGACAGGCGAAAAAGACCAAGACAUGCCAGCUGGUAUCUCUUUUGGCCUUGAAGAUUACUCAGAUAUGACUUUAACGAAUUGGAUUGGAACAAUUUUCGGAAUGCCAAAGACAUGCUACGAUGGAAGAGUAUACACAAUCAAAAUUGUAUGCGGUCCUGACUAUCCAAAGGUAGCUCCAAAGGUUAAUUUUGUUACAAAGAUUAAUUUACCUUUUGUUGAUAAAAAUGGACACAUAAAACCAGCUCAAUUCCCAUUGUUGGGCAAUUGGAAUAGCUCUACAACUAUUCUAAAAAUAUUAACUGAAAUUUACGAAACAAUGAAGAAGAAUCCACAACUUCCACAGCCUUCUGAUGGAACGUUUUAA